AUGAGAUACCAAGUAUACUCUUUUGUCUACAAUGCCGUUCUCAACUGUGCCAGACCAACACUGUCCAUCAACAUCUUCCCACGAAAGGUCCUUGUCACAGACCCUUCAAUGGAGAGCAUUCUAUCAAGACAUACCUCGGAGACAAGUCUUGCCAAUGUCAUCUUUCUCAUUGGCCGUCGAGUCUUUGACUUGAGCAACGAGACCAUCAAUGCCAUUGGAUCAUAUGAUCCUCGUCCGGUCCACGUUGGCGAGUUCUCUUCUGCAAGUAACGCCAGGGCCCUCGUCGGCCAGGUAUCAACGGCUGCAAACAAGAGACUACAGAGCCAGCCUGAUGUUCAAGAGACUGAGCUUGGACCAUGGCUCUUUAAGUUGACAAGCUCAUCUGUGGCGAGUGCCCUUUGGGGCCCGGAGAGCCCUUGGGUUGUCGACGACGAGUUCCAAACCGCCUUCAUGGAAAUCAGCGGUUCGCAAAUGACUCUCCUCAGACCCUUUUCGAAGUACACUGCCCAGGCAGCCCACAAGGCUAGAGCUCUCAUCAUCAGCAAGCUCAAGUCCUUCCACUUCAACAACAGAGAUUCCAGGCUUCGACAGAUCGCACACAGAAUCAACGCCGUUGCCUUGUCCGAUACUGAGUGGGAAUCUAACAAGGAUUACUUCAACGUUGAGCUGCUUACAUCGCUCGGCCUCUUGGUCACCCCCAGCAGCAUGGCUGUCUGGAUGAUCCGCCAUCUGUUGAUGCGUCCCGAUCUCCUUGCCAGAGUCGUCAAGGAGGCACGCAACCCAGACAUUCUCGAUGCCGAAGGCAGAAUUGAUGUUGCCCGCAUUCGAGAGUCAUUCCCCUUCUUGGCAGCAUGCUUGUAUGAGACGCUGCGCCUUCACAUGACAGCCAUCCCGCGCCUGGCAAAGACCGAUCUUGACAUUGCGGUGCCAAACUCGCAGCCCAUUCAUCUCAAGAACGGAGACCUCAUCUACCUUGCCAUGUCUUCCUUCAACAAGGACGAGCAGACAUGGGGCUCCGAUGCCAGCACCUUCUCCCCCGACAAGUUCCUCACCAACGCCGGCAGCCUCUCCGCCUCCAUGGUCCGAAAGCUGCGCGUCUUUGGCGUCGCGGGCAACUUGUGCCCCGGAAGAAAGGUCGGCUUCGAUACCAUCUUGUUUGUGGUCGCCAAUGUUCUGCGAGACUUUGACAUUGAGAACCCUCGAGGAGAGGACGUGGCGUACCCUGAGCCGAGGACCGAAGAUGGAUUCGGCAUUGGCUUUGAGCGAUGCGCCAACGAGAUUACAGUGAGACUCAGGAGGGUUGUCUAG